AGCCGGCGGGAGAGCAGGGCAGCUCGCUCUCUGCGCCGGAGUCGGGAGGAAAACCUGCUGGGUUCUUGUGCUAGGUGAGGGGCAGCGUCGUCGUCAACCAUCUAGUCUCCUUUCUGCCUCUCCCAUCAUUACCACCAUCUCAGUGCAGUGCGAUGGUGAGUCCCAGGUCCCCACGGAGACAGCUUCCUUUCCCCCCACGCGGAAUGCAAUAAAAAUCCAUCCAGGGGAGCCUUCCUUUCAGUCUUGGCCAAGAGGGACAGCAUCUUGACAGCCACUGCAGAAAAAGUUUGAACUAAAAGAGAUGUUUACUGCGCUGUCCCGCCAGCCCUGUGAACAUACAGGGUUCCGAGUACUGUACAAAAUGCCAGGUGUUGUCUCUUUUAUCUGUCUGCUUUUAAGCAUAGCAAUUAUUGUUACUCUUACCCUGGUCCAAGUGAAUCAGAAAGAGGUCCUUUCACCAGGGCUGAAGUAUGGAAUAGUGCUUGAUGCUGGAUCAACUCGGACUACUGCCUAUGUAUAUGAAUGGCCGGCAGAGAAAGAAAACAACACAGGAGUAGUAAGUCAGACAUUCAAGUGCAAUGUGAAAGGUCCUGGGAUAUCCAGCUAUGAGGGUAAUCCUCAAGGAAUUGCUAAGCCCAUUAAUGAUUGUAUGAAUAAAGUCAAGGAGAAAAUUCCUUUGCACUUACAUAGGAGCACACCUGUCUACCUGGGAGCCACAGCUGGCAUGAGACUUCUGAGGUUGCAAAAUGAAUCAGCAGCCAAUGAAGUCCUUGAGAGCAUUCAAAACUACUUCACAGCCCAGCCCUUUGAAUUUAGGGGUGCUCAAAUCAUAACUGGGCAAGAGGAAGGGGUGUAUGGAUGGAUUACAGCCAACUAUUUAAUGGGCAAUUUCUUGGAGAAAAACAUUUGGAGUGCCUGGGUCCAUCCUCGUGGAGCAGAGACGACAGGCGCCCUCGAUUUAGGAGGGGCCUCCACUCAAAUCUCAUUCAUCCCUGAAGAAACCAGCGACACAACAAACAGCACACUACAGGUGCAGCUGUACGGUUAUGAAUACAGUGUGUACACCCACAGUUUCCAAUGUUAUGGCAGAGAUGAAGCGGAGAAAAAACUGUUGGCAUCAAUACUACAGAAUUCAGGAGAUAAAUCCAGGAUUGAUAAUCCAUGCUAUCCUCGGCAUUAUGAAAUUGCUUUAACAAUGAAACACUUGUAUGGCAGCCUCUGCACAGCAUAUCUACGACCAGAGAACUACAACCCAAACCAGCUUGUAAACUUCAGAGGAACUGGGGAUCCAGCUCUCUGCAGGGAGGCAGUAUCUGUGUUAUUUGAUUUCACAGCUUGCAGAGACAGGGAAGGCUGUUCAUUUAAUGGAAUCUAUCAGCCAAAGGUUAAAGGGAACUUUGUGGCCUUUUCUGGAUUUUAUUACACAGUCAAUGCUUUGAAUUUAACUGGACAAUUUUCACUGGCUGAUUUUAAUACAAGCAUGUGGGCUUUCUGCUCACAGAAUUGGAACCAGCUUCCAUUUAUGAUACCCAAAUUUGAUGAAACAUAUGCAAGAUCUUACUGCUUUUCAGCCAACUACAUCUAUUACCUCCUUAUACAUGGGUAUAAGUUCAGUGCAGAGACUUGGCCACAGAUACACUUUCAGAAGGAGGUUGGUAACAGCAGCAUAGCCUGGUCACUAGGCUAUAUGCUUAGCCUCACCAACAUGAUUCCAGCAGAGAGCGAUAGGAUCUGGUCCCCAAUGAGUCCCUUUCUGUUUGCUGGUCUACUCUUCUUUUUCACAGCAGUGGCAUUACUGUGUCUAAUCUUUCUUGUGUAUUCAUGUGUUGUGUCGCACAUGCGAAAGAAUGCUUGUCAUGUUGACCAUGUCUUUGCUGCAGAAUAAAUAAAAUCAAUA